AUGAUUUCCAACAUUUUCAAAGUCAGAAAAUAACCGCUCAUACAAGAAGGCCAAUAGAGCAUUUCUUUGGGCAAGUUGGUCAAAUUUUCUCAUUAUGAAACAAUUUUCAAGUAUUCCUUCUUUAUUGUUCUAUGUAAGUUAAACAUUUAUAGGUCAUAGUUGUCAUUUCCUUGUAUAGCUUGGACGUGAUACAAUUUCAGCAAUUCCUUAAAGAGAAAAACCUAAGAAGAUUUGAUUGGACUGAUCUGAAAUGGUUGAUUGUAGGGUUAAUCCUAAUUCAUGUAAAAUUAAUUUUUAAAAUAAUUAAGCUCACUAAGGAAAUCAAUGGACAUUUGGUGUUUGAUUAUGUUGCGAAAUCAUUAGACAAAAAAUAUGUUGGUUUGGACAGACAACUCAGAGUGUAAAAAAUAGUUAAAUGGAUUUAUGAUACUUUUUACUAUUCAGUAGCUACUAUAUUUGCAUAUGUAGUUUUCAAAGAUGAGAAGUGGUUUCCUACACAAUUAGGAGGCACCCAAUUCACAGAAACUAUGUAUGAUUUCCCCAAUAUGCCUGAUGUACUACUAUUAUACUCAUUCAUAUUAGAACCCUUGGGUUCCAUUCUAUUACAUGAUUUAAACCGCAAGUCAUAUCCAUGCUCUAUUAUUACUGAUGUUCCAUGGUACGAAGAUAGAAUUGAAGUAUUGGGAAUAUUUACUACACCAUUUUCUAGCUGUAAGUCUGCUUUACUUUUCAACAAUUUAUAAUUGCGAAAGUAUUGGUGUUGUGGUUUUGGUGCUCCAUGACAUAAGCGACAUCUUUCUGGCUUACGGUAGAACCUAUGCUGACAUUGGGAAGAAUAAGAUCCUGGUCUAUGUGAGUUUCUCAGCCAUACAAAUCUCUUGGUUGUACACCAGAGUCUAUGUAUUCCCUAUUAAGAUAUAUGACAUCAUAGUAUAUCAUCCAGGAUUUUCACUUUACUGGUAUCAAUUCAAUUCUAUGAUCGUAGGGAAAAUACAAAACAUGCCUUGUACAAUCAAGUGGGUUUGAUGAUAGUGUUAUUUGGAAUGCACAUUUAUUGGACAAUUUUUAUGAUUAAAGUAGGCAUUGGAAUCUUUUCAGCUGGUAAAUAUAAAAAUGUCUAUGAUAACAGAGAAAAUAAAUUAGAUCACAAGAAGGAAAACUGAUUUAUAUCGUAC